AUGGUGAGCCAAGCAAAGAAGAACCGCCACCUCUCCUCCAAUCAUCUCUUCCUUCCACCGGUCAUAAAGGACUUCGCCUCGUGCUUCAGUGAGCACGCCGUGAAGGUGUCCGACACCUCCUGUUCCGGAAGCAGCAGCAGUGGCAACUCGUCGGUGAUCGACCACACCGCCUCCAGCUCUGUGGUUAGCUCGGUCACCUGCCUCUACAGGACGAGGCUUUCCACGCAGAGGGAGCUGCUCAUCAGGGUCACCUGGUCCAAGGCGCAGCUCAAUCCCCUUCUAUCAGUCGCCAUCGUCGACGGCUCAUCAACCAGUCCAUGGGAGGCGAAUUGCCAUCUACUGAGGAAGAAGAACGGGAGCAGAACUUACAUCUCCGAGGGGAAUUGUGAAGUCGGACUUCACUGGGACAUUUCGUCAGCCAACUUCGAGGCGGGUCCAGAGCCCAGAUACGGCUUCUACGUCGCGGUCGUCGUCGAUUCAGAGUUCGCGCUGUUGCUCGGAGAUCUGAGCGAGGAAUUCGCGAAGAGAUUCGAUGAGGCGACGCUCCCAGCGGCAGCAGAGUGCUCGAUGUUUUCCAGGAGAGAGCAAGUGGUGGGCGACUCGGCGACGCAUACGACGCGGGCUCGGUUCCGUGAGGACGGGGAGGAGCACGAGAUCACGAUCCGGUGCAAGGGAGAGGGGUGGAACGCGAGGGAAUCGGAGCUGGCGGUGACGGUGGACAAGAAGCGAGUGGUGCACGCGCGGAGCCUGCGGUGGAACUUCAGGGGGAACCAGACGAUCUUCAUCGAGGGGUCGCCGGUGGACAUGAUGUGGGACGUGCACGACUGGUGGUUCGGCGGCGGGUCAGCGGCCGUGUUCAUGUUCCGUGCGCGUAGCACGUUCGAGAGCCGGCUGUGGCUGGAGGAGGAGACGCUGCAACAGGAGCGAGGCGCCGCCGGCUUCUCCCUCCUCAUCCAAGCCUUCAAGGCAACGUAAUGGUUCGCAAUUUCUUUUCCCAUUUUUAUUUUUCUAAACAAAACAAUCUUCUUUUUUUUUCAUCUUUGAAGAUUCAAAAUUGUGUGAUGUUUUUCUUCAAUUUUAUGUUUCUUAUCGAUGUGAAACGAAAAGUGAUUAGGGCAAACAUUGUGGUUGAUCA